AUGCCGUCUAUGGAUGACUUAGAUCAAUUCCUUCAGGAGUGCGACUGCGCCUUACUCCUCAUGUCUGAGAAGAACACGAGCGAAGAGAGCGCAGGAAACUCAACUGAGUCUUCACAAACAGAUGAUGAAGGCAGCGUGGACGAGGACGGCGUCACCACGCUUAUGGAGGCAGCCAAAAGAAACGACGUGAAGGCGGUGAAGCGCUAUAUCCCUUAUCAGGCAAGGAUGGUGGCGAAGCUUGUCAAGGCAGGGAGAGUAGAGAUAUACGAUGGGACGGCCCUGAUGGUCGCUGCGGUGCUUGGACACACCAGAGUGGUGAAGCUGCUGAUGAGGCACGAGCGUUGCAUGAGGAGCAGUAAUGAAUGGACGGCCCUCAUGUGGGCGGCACUUUUUGGCCGCACCGAGGUCGUGAAACUACUCCUGGAUGUUGAGGGAGGCAUGCAAAUAAACGGAGGUGUUACCGCCCUCACAGCUGCAGCAGGCUUUGGCCGUCUGGACUGUGUCAAGUUACUGCUGGAGAGAGAGAAGGACGUAGGCGGCGAGUCUGCUCUUUGUAUGGCUAGUACACGAGGUCACCCCGAGGUGGCGUCUUUUCUUGAAAAUAAGGGCAUUAGGCUAGUGGAUCCUUACCUGUGA